AGUGGGAGGUCAGAGAGGGGAGGUUUUGAGGUGCGGGCGGUAGCCUCGGAGCGGCCCAAGACUGAAGGUUGCAGGACACAGUUUUUCUUGGGAGGCAGAAGACCCGGGUUCUGGUCCCGGUUUUGCCUAGGACUACCUGAAUUUCCGGAGGCUCAUUUUCGUAAAGCAAUAGUAACUGUUCCUGUUGAAGCCUUCAGCAGUGCUUGGGGAUGUGUAAAGCUGGUCAUGCUUCUGCGCUGCUUAGCUCAUUUCCACACAGAAGCAGAAGAGCCUUCCUGAGAUUGCUGUCAUCCUACCUGCUGGCCAAGAGCUGAGGCUCCAAAGUCUUCGGGGACUUCUUUGAGUACUCCUAGGAACCUGCUACACCCUGGUGAUGGCACACAGGGACUGUUUUCUUACUCUUGGUCUGAAUGACUGCCAGGGAGGAAGGCAGAGGUAGAGCAGUUGGAUCCUCAGCUCUCCUCAUAGCUUCAGAUCUCAGACUUAUUCAACCCCUUUCUGACCCCAGGACAAAGCUCACUUGAACAAAUGAUUCUGAGUCAUGAAUGAAAAAUCUUGCUCUUUGCAUAAUGAGAAAGGAUUAAGAGAAGGACAGGUUGAAAGAGUGUCUGCUGGGUGUUCUCCAUCACAUGACAAGAACAACAGUGCUCUCGCAGCCUUCAGAGGAAUCCCUAUCUCGCAGCUGAAGAACCACAGCAUUCUCCGGUCCCUGACUGCAGAAGCAAAUGGAUGGGAGCCAAGUGCUGUAAGCCCAGAGGUGCUCAGAGCCCAAGAAGAAUGGGAAGCUGUGGACACCAUCCAGCCAGACGCAGGGAGCCAGGCCAGCUCAGACCAGCCUGGGCAGCUCAUCUCCUUCACUGAGGCCCUGCAGCAUUUCCAGACUCUGGACCUCUCCUCCUUCAAGAAGAGAAUCCAGCCAACUGUUCGAAGGACUGGGCUUGCCGCCCUCCGGCACUGCCUCUUUGGGCCGCCAAAGCUCCACCAGGGCCUUCGGGAAGAGAGGGACUUGAUCCUGACCAUUGCUCAGUGUGGCCUGGAUAGCCAAGACCCAGUGCAUGGCCGAGUCCUCCAGACCAUCUACAGGAAGCUGACGGGAUCCAGGUUUGACUGCGCCCUCCACGGAGACCACUGGGAGGACCUGGGCUUCCAGGGAGCGAAUCCAGCCACGGACCUGAGAGGGGCGGGCUUCCUCGCUCUCCUGCACCUGCUGUACCUGGUGAUGGACUCAAAGACCUUGUUGCUGGCCCAGGAGAUUUUCUGCCUGUCUCGUCACCAUAUCCAGCAAUUCCCUUUCUGCCUGAUGUCUGUGAAUAUCACACGCAUGGCCAUCCAGGCCUUGAGGGAGGAGUGCCUCUCCAGGGAAUGUAACCGACAGCAGGUGGUCAUCCCAGUGGUGAACAGCUUCUAUGUUGCCACUUUCCUCCGCCUCGCGCACAUCUGGAGGACCCAGCAGAAGACCAUCUCCGACGCAAGUUUUGUCCUCAAAGACUUGGAAGUGUGGGCCAAGAAGAACCCCCGGCAGUUGCUGAAGACCCUGGAGAUGUACCUGGCGCGGGUGUCAAAGGGACAGGUCUCUUUGCUGAGGCCACAGAAGUCCCCUCCCACCAGGGACCUCAGCUUCACAGGCGUGUGUGACCUGCAACCUCACGCAUUCGAAGGCUCAGGCCUGAUCUGACCGACCCCAGGACCCAAGCGUUGGUCCACUGGUGCUUCAGGAGGGUGCGUGGCAAACCAUGUCCCACACACCCUGACAAGUUGGUCCCUUCCUGCCUCAACAGCUGAGACGAGGACACUGGGCUUGGCUGGAGAAAUAACCCCCGCGCAUGUGCAGUCGGGCCUGAGCCCUUCACACAGGCUGCUUCUAGAGCAGGGAUUGUCUUGCUACUGAGUGACUCCAGUAUCCCGUCCCAUCCCCCAGCAGGGCCCCAGCUCCAGGGAUCUUAGAGGAAGUGGAUGGGUUGCAAGAUGGGGCUGCCCUAUCUGGACACUUGCACAGCCCACCUGGAAGGAGAUUUCCCAAGUAGAAGCAGCCACGAUCCCGACUUCCCAGCAAUACUCAGGCUUCAGCUGUGGUUGGAAUUUGAAGGGGAAAAGGUAACAACAGCUGCGGCCAGCAGGGGGCAGCACAGACCUGGGAAGCCGCUGGCCUUUCCGCUGGAUGCUGGCCCCACCUCUUCUCCCCUAGUCCCUGCGAGGUUUAGAUGUGGAUAUGAGCUCUGGGUUAGGUGACCCCACUGCUGCCCCAUCCCAGCCCCUCAUAUCUUCGGCUCCUCCUGUGGAGGCUGCCUGGUCCCUGAGGAUGUUUUCCGCCUGGUUGAGGGAAGGAGGAAUUUGACUGCAACCAGCAAUUUUAGAAUAAAAGAAUUGCUAUAA